AUGGAGUACCAGUCAGAAUUUUCUGUAAAUGCUGAAGAUGAGGAGGAUACUUGGGAACCACCAGUAGAGGAACAAUUAAGAUUGUAUGCAAUUCUUGAUAAGGGUGGAAUUCCUGCAUUACAAUUUAAAUGCGUUGGAUAUCGAGCACCCUCUCCUGAAGUAAAUGAUUCACUAGAGUUCAAAGAAGAAAUUCCAGUUGUUGAUAAGUCUGACUUUGAUUUUAUGGAUGAAGUCACUUUACCUAAACUAAAAAUUCGAAAAGAUGGCGAAGAUGCACUCAAGGGAAGUGCAAAGAAAAAAACUACAUCUUUAGAUGGAGUCCUGAGCAACAUGAGAAGGCAUAAUUUAUUACCAUCAGCAAUAAAUAAAUAA